AUGGCCUCUGCAGGUGUUGGUCCUUCCAGUGAUUCGGAGCAACGCUUUUCUUGUUCUAGCACAGGGUUUCCCAGAGACAAUGAAGUAAUCAAAUUGUAUCUUUCCUCAGGAAGUCUGAAAAUCCAUUGUUUUUUCCAAACUGAGAAUGAGCUUGCGUCAAAAGGAAUGCUGAGUGUGUUCACAUCAGGAGGACUUGCUCCCAGCUUGGCUAUCAUGAACAGUACAUAUAAUGGCAUCUUCCACUUUAAUUUAUCUUUGUUCAGUGAUCAGAUUUACUGGGCAAUUGAAAUUCCUAGAGAAAACAUCACACAAAACACAGAUAUUGCAGCUGUAGAAGAAUGGUUAGUAAGGAUCACUUUACAUCAUGGAUUAAAUAUUUAUGCUACCGAAGGAACCCUAUUGGAUAGAGUUCGAGAACCUAUUCUUCAGUGGCCUCUUGGGACUGUGAUUCCAAACAGAGAUGUCAGUCAAUUAUAUCCACAUACUGUGGAUCUCAAAGUGACAAAAUGCCCCUGUGCCAAUGAUGUAGCACUAUUAGGCUUCGUUUUGAAUACAACAUUUGAAGGUGUUUACAUAGGCCUAACCUUUUCUGGAUUUUGGAAUUACAUUGAUACUACAUGGUAUAACAUGACAGAUAUUAUCUAUAAUCACCUUCAAGAAGAAUAUUCAUACCUUUCACUGGUGGAUAUCGUUUUAACAAAUCAUUUUUUAGUUAUCCUCACAUCUUUGGGUCUUUUUGUAACUGAAGAUCUUCGUUAUCCAUCAGCCCAACCCUUAACGCUUUCAAGGGCAGACUUUUGUGGUUUUGAAAGGGUUGACUAUAUCAAAGGAAAAUUGUGGUAUAAUGAAAGAUGUUUUGCUAACAGAGAACACUUUGAAGUUGAUUAUGUUACUGUCACCUUUGACAGAAACAAGACCCUAAGUGAGGCAAACUCUUGUUUUUAUGGUAAAGAACCAUUUCAUGAAUGGAAGCCAUGUUUACCUUAUGUUAUAAGAGAAGGUAAAAAUACUCCUUCAAGUGUGGUAACAUUUCUUAUUGACCAAGAGCAUAGUACUGGAAUUUACCUCUCAUACAACCAGAUCCAGAGAAUUGCCAUGGCCUCUGUGAACAUCCUAAAGAAUAACAAACCAAAUAUACAACCAAAAUUUCCACCUUUCCAAUUUCCUUCAUCAUUCUCUUCUCCUGUUGGAAUGGUGUUUCAUCCCCGAAGCCACUUUCUAUAUGCUUAUGGCAAUCAGAUAUGGCUUUCAGUUGAUGGCGGCAACACCUUUGAAUUAUUAGCUGACUUUCAUGAUGAUAUCAUAGAGAGGACUUUUCAUAGCUUUUAUUCUUCAGACAUCACUUUUGUUGCCAAAAGUGGGAAGGUUUACUUGACAAAGGCAGGAUUAGGAAGAUACACUAUAACUGGAAGUGUUACUGAUGAUGUUUUCACGUUAUACUAUGAUCAAUUGGGAUUUGUACAUAAACUGACUCCAGAUAACUUUGAAGGUGGUGGAUCACCUACAGCCUCUGAAAAUUCUAGAAAUAUUUUUGGUCAGCCUCCUGAUAUGAGCUUUGGGACUGCACUUGCUCCACAGUAUAUCUCCUUACAUGAAAUGAUCUUUUUUGCAUAUGUACCUGAAGGUGAACCUCAGGACACCUUACACACCAAGAAAUUCAACAAUAUGCACAAAGGAAAAGUGAUACACUCCAAAAAAACUGGGAAAGCUUACAUAAAUGAGGUAUUGCAACAUGACACUCCUAAAGGAUUUUUGACGUCAGUUAUUGCAGAAAUGAUACAGCCUUUUGGAAUAGAGGAGGUGACAGAGAGUUCUUGUUUGUCUAGUUCUCUUUCCAUUACUUACACUGGAAAUUCCGUCUAUAAACUUACUCUUGAUUCACAAGUUGCUGAUGCCUUAUUUGAAGAUACAGAUAUAGAGAAGACUGUGGUGAUUCCUGAUCAUAGCAGCUUCCUAAUCACAGCCAUUUUAGAUAAUAAGAAUGCAUCAGCUAUUGCUACAAUGCCUGAAAGAGCCCCGGUCAACCAUACCUUUCAAAAAAACACCUGGUUUUUAUACAACUUUGGGCAAAGGAAUGGACCAACUUGGACUGUGUAUUCAAAACCAUGCAAUUUUUGGUUUCAACAAGAUGAUUCACUAGCCCUCAACAUUGUGAAAUACAUUGAUCUGGGAAACUCUCAGACUUUAAAAGUUAAAGUCAUACCUAAUUCAGAAAGUCUUAGAACUCCUGAAGUACCACUACUCAAAGUGUUAACUGGAAACCCAACUUUGUUGGAAGUUAAGGCUGAAGGCACUUUCGAUGAUACUAAUAGUUAUCUAAUAAAAAUUUCUGCAGCUAGCAAAAUUUUACGUCAAGGUUCAACUUCACUAGCAUUUAUUGUCUGGGGAGCAUCUUCUGACUGCUUUGUGACAACAAUGGUGCCAACACUGAAAAGCAGCUGUAGUUAUCUCAAAUCUAUGCAUCACAUUCCUAGCCAUUUUAUCCCACUUGAAGACUGGAAUCGUGGAGUUCACCAAGACAGUCAGGGUUUUAACCUAAUCAAAACUUUGCCGAUAAACUACAGGCCUCCUUCUAAUAUGGGGAUUGCUAUUCCACUCACAGAUAAUUUUUAUCAUGCAGAUCCUAGCCAACCCAUACCAAGAAAUCUAUUUUACAAGUCAAAGGAAGCUGGUAAAUUCAAGCAAUGCGCUAAUGCUUCUAAUCGGGAGGAGUGUAAUUGCACAAAUUAUCAGAAGUUUUCAUAUGCUGUUGCUUUCUCAGAUUGCAGAGAAAAAGUUCCUCGUUUUAAGUUUCCAGUUUUACAAUAUCCAAUUUCUUUGGAAAUUUAUAAUGAAGAUGGACGUGUCCCAGUAAAACCUCCAUAUCUGGUUACUAUGACUGAAGUGAAUAUGAGGAAAAACUGGAACCUAAAACAUUCUGUACCAGAAAAUGUUCAAAAAAUGAAAAAUUAUUUAGAAUCUGUUCUUCAAGCUCCAGUGUAUAAUCCUUCGGGUCUCAAUUUAAGUAUAAAGGGCUCCGAGCUUUUUCAUUUUCGAGUAACUGUCAUUCCAGGGGUCACAUUUUGUAACUUAGUUGAAGAAUUUCAGAUUUAUGUUGAUGAAGCACCAUUGCCAUUUCCAGGACAUACUCUUAUUGCUGUGGCAACGGCGGUAGUCCUUGGGGGGUUAAUUUUUACAUCAUUUAUGCUUCAACUGCGUGACAUCCACCCAUGGAGGGCAUUACAAAAUUGGAUUAAUAGAAAAAAAGCGACAUUAUCAAAUAUUUCUUUCAGUGAAAUGGUUAUGAGACAAAAGUUUUAA